CCAAUCCGAGCCAAACCCCCCUGCUCCAUUAAAUUCAUAAACCACCACAGUCACAGGUCUCACGCACACGCUCGGCAACCAUGGGCACGUCGGGCUCCAAGGGUCUGGACGGCGUCGGGGGCCUCGGCGCGGCGGCGCUCGGCGGCGGCAGCGGGGGCGGAAUGGGCGGGGACGAGGGCGACGGCGCCGUGACGGGGUCGUGGCACGGCGGCGCGCAGCUCUACGUUUCGCUCAAGAUGGAGAACGCGCGGAUCAUCGGCGACCUCGUGCCGCACGUCUACGGCUCCGAGCCCAUCAUCGGCUCAUGGGAGCCCGCCCGCGCCCUCGCGAUGGAGAGGGAGCUGGCGUCCAUGUGGGAGCUCAGCUUCGUCGUGCCGCCGGACCAUGAAACACUCGACUUCAAAUUCUUGCUCAAGCCCAAGGACGCGGAGACCCCGUGCAUCAUUGAGGAAGGGCCGACGCGGCUUCUUACCGGGGGCAUGCUCGAGGGUGAUGUUAGGCUUGCAAACUUCAGGCUUAAUGGAGACGAUGAGUUGCUUGAGUUUAGGGUUUUCAACAAGGCCGACAUCGUGUCUCCGCUUGAUCUUGCCGCGAGCUGGAGGGUAUACAAAGAAAAUUUCCAGCCUUCCAAGCUAUACAAAGAACUUACUAACUCUACACACAAGGAUGCACCUUCCUUCUGA